AUGUCCCAGUCUAACCAGUUUCCCCAGCACGGGCGGCUCAAGCUCCGCCCCUCGGACCAGGCCCGGCAGCGACAGCGGGAGCUCAAACUGGGAAUGUACCGGGAGAGCAUGGAGGCCUUACUGGGGGGGGCGCCCCCCCAGCAGGUGCUGUCCCUGACCGGGUCGGUGCUCGCGGCCAAUCCCGACGUCGGCACCUGCUGGAACCGCCGGAGACGAGCACUGCUCACACUGGGAGGGGACUGGCUGCAGGACGAGCUGUCCUUCGUUGGGGGGUGCCUGGGGGUGAACCCCAAGUCCUACGGGGCGUGGCACCACCGGGCGUGGCUGCUGGGCCGCUCGGCGGCGCCCCCCGCUGGCCGGGAGGACCGAGCGCUGUGCGAGCGCCUGCUGGGGGCGGACCCCAGGAACUUCCACGCCUGGGAGCACCGGCGGGCCCUGGUGGCUCAGGAUGACCCCGAAGCCGAGCUGGCCUUCGCCGGGUCCCUCCUGAGCCGCGACUUCUCCAACUUCUCGGCCUGGCACCACCGCCUGCGGCUCCUCAGGCCCGGCCCGGGGGGGCGGGGAGAGCCCCUGAGCCCCGACAGGAUGAGGCAGGAGCUGGAGCUGGUGCAGAACGCCGUCUUCACCGACCCCACUGACCAGAGUGCCUGGGUCUACCUGCGCUGCAUCCUCUCCCGAGCCACCCCCCCGCCGAGGAUCAUCUGCGUGUACGUCAACCGCGAGGACGCCACGCUGGCCGUCGUCUUCUCCCGCCCCGUCGUGGUGAGCCCGGACCGGCCAGACCUGAGGGCGACGCUGGACGGCUCCGCCCUGGAAGGGGCGUGGCGCUCGGGGGAGGGGCGGCCACGCCCCUCCCACACCUGGCUCCUGGACCUGCCCCGCCCUGCCGACGCCACGCCCACCCAGCGGCCCCGCCUCCAGCUGGGCGUCACCUGGGUGCCUGACUCCGCCCACCAUGAGGUCACGCUGCCCCCAGACGAGGACGAGGCCUGGUGGCAGGAGCCAAUCGUGGCCCGGGAGCUGUUCUGGCCGGAGGUGGGCGUGGCCGACGCUCAGGUGCUGCAGGAGGAGGUGUCCACCUGCCGGCAGCUGCUGGAGCUGGAGCCGCGCAGCCGCGGCUGCCUCCUCACCCUGGCGCUGCUGCUGUCGGUGCUGGACCCGCCCGGCCACGCCCAGGAGGCUCGGAGGCACCUGCGGAGCCUCCAGGAGGCCGACCCUCUCCGAUUGGGCUUCGUGGCCGACGUGGCCUCGCGAUUGGAGGCUGCGCUGGGGGUGCUGGGAUUGGGGGCGGGGCCUGGGCCCCUUUGGCUCCGCCUGCCAAAUAAGGGGUUGACGUCACUGCCCCUCCUGGAGCGGAUGGUCCUGGUGACCCACCUGGACCUGUCUGGGAACCUCCUGAGGACCCUCCCCCCAAAUUUGGGGGCCCUGCGGCGCCUCCAGGAACUGGACCUGUCCCGGAAUCAGCUGUCGGAUCUGGGGGGGUUCCCGCCCCUCCCCCGCCUGGAGCGGCUGAGCCUGCACGGGAACCCCAUUGGCCACGCCCCCACCCUCGCCCCAUUGGCUUCCUGCCCCCGCCUGGCCCACCUGGGAUUGGCUGAGACCCCUCUAAGCUCCGCCCCCGAUGGCCCCGCCCACCUCCAGAAGCUCCUCCCCCUCGUUGACAUCGCCUGGUCCUGAUUGGCUGCUGUGUGUUAGGAGGCCACGCCCACUGCCCCUCCCCUUCUCUCUGUGCCCCGCCCCCUUGUGGGCGUGUCUAAUAAAGUGAUGUCAUAGUGG